CGUACGAGGGACUCGGUAAAAGGUAGUAUAUGCGGUGUGCGCACGCUUAUCAGCAGCACGUAUCGGUGAGAUAUGGACGCAUACAGGCAAGCCAGCUGGAGCUCAUGGACAGACGUUAGUUGGUGUACGCGUGUAUGUUUCUAUACAUGUAUGUGUGACUUGCACCGUUUAUGGCACUAUAUACGCCGUUUAAUAGCACACAUUUCAACUGAUAUCGACGAUUGUGGGGGCUUUCGAGUAGUAGCAAAUCGUUGCGCCACCACUUCAAACACGACCACAAACGCUAAAGCAAGCACCACGGGCAGCGCAGAAGAGAUCAGAAAGGUUCUGCGCCAACACAAAAUUUGAAAUUCGAGAUCGAAGUUCAGAAAUCGCGGAGCGCGUGAGCAAUCGGCGCGGGUGUGGAACUAAAUUGAUAUAAAACUCAAACGUUCAUUACAAAAUAUAAAUCAAACAAUUAAGUGAAAAUAAUCUGGAGAAAAAUAAAUCGAAAAAUCCACGGCAUAAAUAAAUGAGAAAAAUUUGUUAAAACAAAACGAUAAAAGGUGAGAUGGAAAUAGCGGAAAUUUAAAAUCAUAAAAACUUAAGAAAUUUAGUGUAAAAAUCUGUCUCCUCAACAAAAAACCGGGAGGCGAAGAUACUGGCUUCUAAGUAACGCACAGUGUUCAAUAUCGACGCAAAAAGUGUUUACAAGUGUAAUUUUAUAAAUCAAAAAUAUAAAAAUAAAAUUUCUUCGACAUAUUUCUCGUCAAAAUGGCCAACUACAAUUCAAAUUGUGGCUAUUAUGACGACUACAUCGGCUAUUAUACCAACACGAAUGUGUAUCAACAGGAUUAUUGCAUGCAACCGGAGUAUGAAUACAACAAACAUGAAUAUGAUCUCUUCGACACGAAGGUGCCGCCAUCGCAACGCUCCUCCGGCUUUCACAUAUCGGACAUACUCAAUUUGGAUGGCAGUGAGCUGAAGAAUGGCGGCGUGCCACCCCAUGCCGCUGCCGCUGGUCCUCACAGCCAAACGGAUAUUAGUCAACAUGCCCAGCAGCAGCAUCAUCCCAGCCACCUGCCCCAUCAUAUGCCUCAGCAUCACAAUAACAAUAACACUAGCUUACACAACAACAAUAGUAAUAGUAACGGUGAGGCACACAGUGCACACUUAACACCACCGGCAUCAGUUUUGGGCGGCGCCGGUUCCAACAAUACCUUAACGGUACCCAACGAUGAUCAAACAACCCAACACUCCACCGGCACCACACCCACGCUAGUAACUGGUGGCGGUAUAGUCAAUGGCACCGAUGCCAACGGACAGUCAGCCGCAGCACAUCAUCAAAGUUCCGCGGCUGUGGCGGCGAAUGCUGCCUCAGCUCAGGCCACCGCUCACCUGAUAGCUAGUCACCACAAUGCCGUGGCCGCGGCAGCCGCAGCCGCUGCCGGACAAUAUUUGCCAAAGAACUUCACCAGUUUUAGCGAUGAAUUGUCGUCGUAUCACCAGAUGACGCACACUGUGUUGGCGCAUCCGGCGCGUAGCGCGUGGAUUAAAGAAAAUGAGCUAUAUGGCAUGCAACAGCCAGCCAGUCCGGACAGCACGUCACCACACACCUCCGAGGUCUCCUAUACCUACAUUGGCUCCAAUUGUCAAACCUCGCCAGCGCUCUCUGGUGAUUACAAAACGUACAGUCGUUCAGCCGAAAGCGAUGCGCUCUCCGUCGGUGAUGCAAAUUCUUUACACAUGCAAACCCAUCCCGUUGCCGCGGCACACCAACAGCUGCAUGCGCAUCAUCAACAGCUCAACAAAAGCAUGCCAGGCAGUGGUGGCGGCGGCGGCACUGGCGCGGACAAUACCAGCGCAGGCGGCUCCUCCUCCAACCCGCACGACGACAGCCUCAUUGAGGAUGGCAUCGAGGAGGAUAUUUUGGAUGAUGAGAACGAUGAAGAAAAUGGUAAUGGCUCAGCCAAUGGUGCCGACGGCAUGCCAAAUAAGAAACGUAAACGACGCGUGCUCUUUACUAAAGCCCAAACCUAUGAAUUGGAACGACGUUUUCGCCAACAGCGUUACCUAUCAGCGCCGGAGCGCGAACACCUUGCCAGCUUGAUACGGCUCACGCCGACGCAAGUCAAGAUUUGGUUCCAAAAUCAUCGCUACAAGACGAAACGUGCACAAAAUGAAAAAGGCGUCUACGAGCAUCAUCCCGCCAUGCAUCCGCAUCAUGCGGCCGCGCUGCCGUCACCGCGACGCGUAGCCGUGCCGGUUUUAGUGCGAAAUGGCAAACCAUGCUUGGCCGAUGGCACAAAACUGCCGCAAGAUUGCAUGACACAGCAAAUGCAAAAUGCGGCUGCAGCGCAUAAUUUGGUAUUGCAUGCAAAUGGAGCCGCGGCCUAUCAACAUGCGGCUGCUGUGGCAGCAGCGGGUCUGCAUGCAGCGCAUGCGCACUCACAUCAACGACCAUGGUGGCCCUAAUAUUGUUGAGAACUGGUGGAUCGGAUGUGGCGACGCGGAACUGGCGCUGGUGCAGUAUGAAAAUGAGACAACAGUAAAAGCAGCAAUAACAAAAGCGUUUUGGGUGAUAAUUUUGUGUAAGCUUAAACAGAGGUAGACUUGGCCAUAUGAAAGCUUUGUCAAGCUAGUAUUCAUGAAAGCACAAAUCUGCAUUACCGAAAGCUUCAUAAUAUGAAAGCUCAAAUUGAUGAAAGCUUUAUGUUAUGAAAGCUUCGCAUUAUGAAAGCUCAAAUUGGUGAAAGCUUCAUGUUAGGAAAGCUCACAUGCAAAUUAAAAUUGGCUGGAGAACAUUUUUUUGAGAAAGCAGUUGAUAUUUCAACGGCGCUACUCGAAUAUUGGACAAUAAUUUCAAAAGCAUAGAAAAACAAACAAACACAAAAAAUACACAAAAUUUUUAGUGUCCUAUUGGCGGUCUCUGUGGUGCAGUAAAAUCAGUAGAAAAAUGAAACUUCAGAAAAAUGUUAAAGAAAGAGGCAAGCACCAUUUCGGAAAAGUGUAAAUAAAUAAAACAAACAAUUGUAAAUAUCAAUAAAAAUGUUUUCGUGUUAAAAGUAUGUUGUAAAUAACUUUAGUUAAUAGUGUUAUAGGAAAAUAAAUAAAUUUUCAUGACCAAACCAUUCAAACAAAAAAAUUCUGAAUUUACGCUCUUUUCAAAUAUUCCCACGUUCCAAUUCACACUUUUGAAGUAAUUUUACGCUUUCACAUUAUGCGAAAACGAAAAUGCAAACUAUACAAUAUAUUUAAGCCAAAAGUAUACCAUAAACAUAGUUUAAAGUUUUAUGAAUUAAUUUAAAAACUCAAAAUAUUCGAAUUAACAGUUACUAAAUUCAAUUUCUUCACUAUUUUUUUAAUUUCUGUGCAAAUCGCGUGUAAAAUAUCUGAUUUAGCACCAUAAAAAUAGUU